AUGAGAAUUAAGAAGAAGAACGUUAGUGGUAACGCCCGGAACUUUGUGACCCGUUCGCAAGCGGUCCGCAAGCUGCAGAUCUCGCUCGCAGACUUCAGAAGACUAUGUAUCUUCAAAGGAAUCUACCCUCGUGAACCACGUAACAAGAAAAAGGCCAACAAAGGCUCAACAGCUCCUACAACGUUUUACUACUUCAAGGAUAUCCAAUAUUUGAUGCAUGAGCCUGUCUUGGAACGUUUCCGUGAACAUAAGACUUUUGCCAAAAAACUGACGAAAGCCCUGGGCAGAGGUGAAGUCUCUGCUGCCAAGAGGCUCGAAACCAACCAUGCGGGCUAUAAGCUCGAUCAUAUCAUCAAGGAAAGAUACCCAAGCUUUUCGGAUGCACUUGGAGACAUUGACGACGCUUUGAACAUGUUGUUUUUGUUUGCCAAUUUGCCAGCCUCCGACCAAGUAUCUGCUCGUGUUACUCAAGACGCACAAACCAUUUGUAACCAAUGGUUGGCUUAUGUGUCCCGUGAGAGAGCUGUCCGUAAAGUGUUUGUUUCCAUCAAAGGUGUCUACUACCAAGCCUCUGUCAAGGGAGAAGACGUGAGAUGGCUUGUACCUUACAAGUUUCCUGAGAAUGUUCCUAGCGAUGUUGAUUUCAGAAUCAUGCUUACGUUCCUUGAAUUCUAUUCUACGCUCAUGCACUUUGUGCUUUUCAAGCUUUACACUGACUCGGGUCUCUCUUACCCACCAAAAUUGGAUCUGGCUAAGAACAAAAUUAUCGGUGGAUUGAGCGCCUAUCUCCUGGAAAGUAACGAGGAAUCAUCAACGCUAACUGCUCCACAACUUUCUCAGAACUCAUCGGAAGUAAAGGCUCUAGACUCUUCUGCUUUGUCUUCGGCUCUAAAGGCGGACAAUGUCCGUGACGGCAGCGAGGAAGAUCAGAACCAAGAUGAAGACGACGAAGAAGUUGCAGAGGAGGAAAACGCGCUUGAUACUUUUGAGGACAAAAACAAGAACAAGGGUGAUACUUUGGUGCAGCCUAGCGAGUACGACUCGCCUGCCGCCAUUCUAUUCUCUGACUUUGUUUUCUACAUCUCUAGAGAGGUCCCAGUGGAUAUACUUGAGUUCUUGAUUCUGUCUUGUGGCGGUUCGGUAAUUUGUGAAGCUGCUUUGGACCAGCUAGACUCCAUCAAAGAUAUCGAUUUGUCGAAGGUCACCCAUCAAAUUGUAGAUAGGCCAGUUUUGAAAAACAAGGUUGCUGCAAGAACAUAUCUGCAACCUCAAUGGGUUUUCGAUUCCAUCAACAAGGGUGAGCUGUUAUCUGUGAACAAAUACCUACCCGGUGAAGCUCUACCGCCACAUUUGUCUCCAUGGGGUGACGCUGGUGGAUACGAUCCAGAAGCCGAACCUGUUGAAGGCGAAAGCGAAGAAGAAGAAGAAGAAGAGGUUGAAGAAGAUGAAGAAGAGAACAGUAGCGUGGAAGAUGCUCCAGAUGCUGAAGAAGAUGUCGAUGAGGAAAGCGACGAGGAGUUGGCGGUGCAAAAGGAACUUGAACUUGAAGCGAAGGGUAUUCCUUACUCCGACGCCAAGGACCAGCAGAAGGAAGAAAAGAAACCUAAGAAGUCCGCGAAACGUAAGGUCACUGAAGAAGAAGAAGAAAAGGAUUUGAAAACUAUCAUGAUGAGCAACAAACAACGGAAGCUUUACAAAAAGAUGAAAUACUCAAAUGAAAAGAAGGACGAUCGUGUUGAAAAGCUAAAGCAGAAAAAGAAAGCAAUUGCUAAGGCCAAGUCGAAGUUGAAUAAUCUUGAAAAGUAA